AUGAUCCACUUGCUUUCUUUAGUAUUGCUUCUACUGGCAUGGGGUGUUAAUUCGGCCACUGUCAACAGAUACCCACAACAACCCCCAAGAUUUGUCGGAUGUACAGCUUCUGUCGUGUCGCAACUGGCGAUAUUUACUUUGUCAAAUACCUAUGGUCGAACGGAGGAACUGGCAGGAUAUUGUGCUGUCACCUGCGGUGAUAAUGGAUAUCAAUAUUCCUACUGGCAACUUAUACCUUCCACCUAUCAAUGUAAAUGUUCGAAUACCGCACCUGUCAGUACGGUUCUCGACCAGACCUCCGAAGUUUAUCAGGUCGGUACAACGCCUGCGUGUCUCUCCAACUAUGACUAUAAUAUCUGGUUAACUCGAUCGAAUUACAACAUCGUCAGAUGUUCCAACACCACCAUCACCACCGAUCUAGCUUCACAGGGAACCAAAUCCAGUGUCUUAGAGUGUCUCCAAGCUUGCUCGAACUUCGUCUAUGACUCGGGAGUUUCGGUCACUCCCCUGCCCGCCGCUCAAGGCGGUGGAUACGAAUGUUCGUGUACCCGACAGGCAGGUGAGAGUAUCGCAUAUAGCUCUGAGAAAGUAUGUGAAAUCGGUACGGCGAUGAUAUACAAGACAGUCGACAAUCAGGUUUUACCUUCGGGAUAUGCCAGAAGAGCACUGAAGGAGAAAUUGAAAAAGGCUAGAACGGUUGGUAUUUGUCCGGAAGGUUUUGAGGCUUGCAAGAUCGGAGACAGCCCGGAAGGGUAUGAGUGUAUCGAUACUUUUUCUGAUCUCGUCAUAGAAUCAUGUGGUGGCUGUACUUCUGGGAAAUUCGAGACUGGCCAAAUUUCUGGUACAGAUUGUACAACACUUCCAGGUCUAGCAGAUUACGGCGUGACAUGCUUCAAGGGAUCAUGUCAAGCUUUCGCUUGUGAAGAGGGAUGGACCCUGGCAUCGAACCAGACUUGUAUUGCUCCUUAA